AAAAGCAUUGGUUGUGGUACUAUCUUCCAAUGAGCAAGACUUGAUUUUGUAGAGGUGGCCUUGGGAUUGAGUGGAGUUUGGAUAUGGCAUUGGAUAAAGUGGACAUCAGCCUGGGAUCAGACCUCACCCUAUCCUAUGAGGAAUAUGAGUGUAAGAUUUGUUACAAUUACUUUGACCUAGACAGGAGGGCCCCAAAGCUAUUGGAGUGUCUGCAUACUUUCUGCCAGGAGUGCCUCAGUACUCUGCACUGGAGGGAGGAUCGACCAUGGCGUUUGUCUUGUCCAGUCUGUCGUCACCGCACAGUGGUACCAGACUGCAGAGUGGAAGCCUUGCCCAUUAAUACCAAGGUGGCUGAGGCUUUUCCCACGUAUGUGAGACCCGAUGACCCAUUGCCUCAGGAUAUUCUACCUCCUAUUCAGUACCAGCAGCAUGGGUUACAAUACCAUCAACCACCUACAGAGGGUGCUCAACCGGUUAUUGCCUCUACUAGAGGCCAGGGAGCCUUUUCAGGCCGAAAUCAACAACAGCCUGUGGGUGCACCAUCUCCUACAAGAGGCUAUGAAAGGUGUCAGAGCUGCAAGCGAGCGGUUCUGACUGCAGGCUGUGUCUGUGUUGUUUUCUCCUUCUUGGCCAUGGUGGUUCUGCUGUUUGCAGGCCUGGUGUUUGUGAAUCGUUACAGUGGGGCACCAGCACCUUCCCCUGCAGGGCCCAUCUGUCUAUCUGUGGCCAGUGUACUGGCACUUUUCUCAGUGGUGAUCACCUGGGUAAUUUGUUGGCUUAAAUACAGACCAGACCCUGCUGAGGUUGUCCGGGGAUCUUCAGGACGAAGGGACACAUGACAAUGGAACCUGAAUAUGUGAUAUUGUGUCUCUAUCUGUCCUUGUGUAACUACAUGAGGGUCACACCACAUUGGUAUGGAUUGGGUUACCAUGAUGACAGCAUCCUUAGUGGGACCUCAUUCUAAUUUAGUUUUGCAUCAUUGCAUUUACAUUUGACACAUGAUGAUACUUCACACUGUCACAAAGUUCCUGCAGUGCACAGACAUCUCAUACAUGCCCCUAGAGAAUAAAACAAGGGUAUAUUUGCCAAUAGUGAUAUAGCUGUUACU